GAUGAGGUAUCCUCCCGCCAAAAGCGCAGACUAGCCAGGACGAGCAUGUUGAGGCUUCAGGGCUUCACGCUGGACCCCGGAAUUCUUGUGAAUGCGUUUCCAUUGCCUGUUUUGUCCCAAGCACUAUCUGCACGUAUCACAGAGUUAACAAGAGCACGUUCACGCCGCUAUAAGUGCUGAAGUGCAACAUCCGUGCCCCAUGCUUCGCUGAUCGGUUGGGAAGGCUUCCCACAGGCUUCCUGAGCCGCACAGCCGGGAAUAUACGUUUGUGGUUACAUUGUCGAGCUUACAACGCAACUUAGCGCCUUGGCUGUCCGCCACAGACCGCGCCACGAUCCUGCGACGUGUCCGCGCGCAGCAGCUGUAUCAACCGCACGACGCUUUGGAUCAGUUCGUGACACACAGACAGUUAUCUCUGUACCGCUGAGCUCGGUUUAGAAGGGCGAGCCGCUCAGGAGAAUGGUGAACGGCCCGGCCAAGCGGAAGUCAGGAAAGACGCAGAUGGAGGAGAUUAUGAGUGGCGCGACGGAGAAGGUCCUGAAGCAGAUUACCGACCUUUAUGACUUCGGUUUGGGUGACGGCCCCGGCGCUAUUGGGCUCAAGGCCAUUGCGGAGAGCCCGCUGCUGCGCAUGACGCUGCGCAAGCCGCGCAAGAAGAUCAGUGUGAUGAUCGUGGGCAACCACUCAGCGGGCAAGUCCAGCUUCAUCAACUGGUACAUUGGGGAGAGCAUCCAGAAGACGGGCGUGGCCAUCGAGACGCGCGGCUUCACGUUCGUGACCAGCGGCAAGAAGCGGGAGACGCUGCAGGGCGACGCCACUGUGCGCUUCUACGACCACCUCAACUCCUUCGGCGACUUCAAUGGCAUCAUGGCGAACCUGUUCACUGAGAUCAGCACCAGCCGCGACAAGAACUUCUCCUGCGUGGACCUGAUCGACACGCCCGGCCUGGUGGACGGCGACAUGCAGUACCCCUUCAACGUUCAAGACGCCAUCGUGUGGAUGGCGGACCAUGUGGACCUCAUCCUCAUCUUCUUCGACCCCAUCGGCCAGGCCACUUGCAAGCGCUGCAUGGAGGUGGUGGAGCGCCUCAACAACGGGCCGCACCUGGAGAAGAUCCACUACUUUAUGUCAAAGGCGGACGCCGUGGACAAGGAGCACGACCGCCAGCGCGUGCUGAUCCAGAUCACGCAGAACCUGGCCACGCGCAUCCGCAACAGCCACGCCUUCAACCUGCCCACCUUCUACCUUCCCCGCGACGAGUCCGCGGACUGCACGAUACCCAACGCCAUCGAGGACGUGUGCAAGGAGAUUGACAAGUCCAUCAACAUGACGGUGCAGAAGAACCUGAAGCAGUUGAAGACGGACUGCGAGCGCAUCCUGGCGCGCGCGGAGGAGGUGAAGACGAAGGACCGCGAGCAGAAGGCGACCAACGUGCAGCGGACAAUGCAGGGCGUGCUGCUGGCGCUGCUGACGCUGGCGGCGGCGGCCCUGAUGGGCAUGAUCUUCACCACGCGGUUCAUUGACACGCUCUGCUCGGAGGCGCUACUGGGCCACCUGUGCGACAACGGCGCUGCGCGCGCCAUGCAGCACGUGCAGCCCACCGUGACGAACAACUUCAACAGCCUGUUCGGCGCCGCGGCGGGCCUGGUGCUGGUGCUCAUGAUCGUGACCAAGCUGACGUGGCGCGUGCAGCCGGUGCUCACCAAGAAGCAGCUGCAGCAGAUAGACUCGUACGCACAGGUGGUGAAGCGGAUCGCGGAGCAGGAGGACAACCUGUACAAGGACUACUUCAAGACGCUAUCCACCAUGGAGCACUAAGCGGCUUGGCAGGAGGAGGCUGCGCUUGGAUCAUCUACGGCACGGCCUGGACCGGCUGGCAUGGCAGCGGCAAUGAAACAGUGAUGAAUGAGCAGCCGGAAGGGAGCGGUACGGCUCUCGGUUGCGCGCUGGGAAAUGUAGGAGGGGAGUUGGGUGACUGCCGCGCUGCAGGCGGUAAGGAGUAGGGUCUUGAGCACGAGGUGCAUGGUGAAGCUCUCCAGCUUCAACUAAAUGACUGGAUUGAUAAUCGAGCAUGCGCGGAUGCCUUGCUUCAAACAGGAUAGUUGAGUCCGUGGCUCCCAUAGUAGCAAAAAGCGCAUACAUGGUGAUGAGUCAGAUUCAACGUUGGUGCGGAAUGGGUAGUGGCCUGCAUGAUGGUAGAUAGGUUCAACGCAACCGAGGACACAUGUGCGGCGUGUGAAGUACUGCUGUUGGAAUUGCCACGAGAGUAGUUCCGGCGGGCGUCACCUUGCGGCUUGGAGCCAGACACACGGUCGUGCUCCCAAAACUGUGCAACGAAACCCGAUGAGUUGGCGGAGGCUUUCCCGCCCUUCAUUGUGCCUUCAGGGUAUGCCUUUAACUUGACACGUCCA